AUGGUACAGCCCGACGUCUACUCUGUGAUGAUAGUCUCCAAAUACUUUUCAACUGUUGAAGACUUCAAGAGAUUAGUCUUUGUGUGUCGAAAGAUGAAGGAGAUUCCAUUGAUGUUUCAUUUCAACCCGGUCCAAGUGGAUCACAAGACUCAAAGGAUCUUUCCAAAUAUGGAAACCAUUUACUUGUAUUUUCCUUUAAAUGAAGAAGAAGAAGGGAGUGAUGAAAAACUCGAUACAAUAGAUGAUAAAUAUAAAACAUUAGAAUUAUAUAAUAAAGUAGUAGUUUGGUAUGAAAUUGACUGUGGUACAUAUGAGAAGUUUAAAAGCCCAAAGAUAGAGUUUAAGCGCAUCACAUACUCUCUGAAUGAUAAUUGGACUAAAGGAGUUGAAUUUCCUGACUAUGUCAAUAGAAUUGGGGAUUUGUCUUUAAGAGAAUUGAUCAUAGAAAAGGACAUCGUCUUCCCUGAUAAGAUCACAUCUCUUGGGAAUGCGAUAUUCCACCACUCUGAAGGCCCUCGACACGUCAAAAUAUCAAAGAACGUGAGAGAACUCCCAGGAACUUUUUAUAUGGCUGAUUACUUAGAAGAAGUUGACUUGUCGAUGAUAACAACAAUUGGGGAGGAUGGAUUAUAUGGAUGUAAUCAUAUGACGUCCCUCACACUUUCAAGCGACUUAGAAACGAUUGGGGAGAACGCGUUGAACCACUGCGACAAACUCAAAGAAAUCAAUUGCGACGGGCUGAGGGAAGUGAACGACCCAAUUCCUUUAUUUGUAGCAAAGAUGUUGAGAAAGAAAGGAGUGAGAGUGAAGAAGACAACGUACACAGAAAGAGACUAUUUAGAAAACAAACUGGACUUCCCAGAAGACUUAUAUAGUAUCGAACAUCUGUGUUUUGUAUAUCAAGAGAUGAACGAUCUUAUUAUUCCUACUACGGUGAGAAUAAUUCAAAAAAACUCGCUGCCGCCAGGACUUACAAGGUUGGUCAUUCCGUCAACGGUCGAGAUUAUGAGUAAUCAAAUUAUCAAUGGAGAAAAUCUGGAGGAACUUGAAUUCUAUGAAGAAACUAUAUUUGAUGGAAACCCAUUUGGAGAUAUCAGUGGCGUAACGAAACUGACAUUUAAUAAUAAGGUGUGUAAACACAGGGUGGGUGUGACAACAGCUGUAAAGAUGAAAGAGUUUGGUAUUGACGCAAUUAACUGCACUAUGACAAAUUCAGACGAAAUGGAAGACGGAGUUAUUCCACCAGAAGUCAGAAUUAUAGCAAAUAAUAUGUAUUGGAGUUUUUUUGACGACAAUAUAACAGUUGUCAUUCCGUCAACAGUUAGAGAGAUUGAAAAAGGAGCACUUGACGAAUCAAUACAAUAUGUCUUUGAAAAUCAAAACCAUUCUUUUUUAGAUAAUUAA